AACCGGAUUAACAAAUAUGAUUUUCAUUCAAAAUAUUCAACAAUUAUGAAGAUAAUUUAACAAAAUCAAUAAAAAUUUACCUCAAAAAUGUUUACCUUGAUAGUUUUAAUUGUGCUGAUUAAAUUUAAUUUAACAGAAUCUCAUUGGAAUCAACAAUUACGUUACAUUAGAUCCGAAUCAACAACAAAACCAAUUGAACAAUUAACUUCAAAUCAAUCAUCAACAUCGCCACAACCACAAGAAUCACCACAAUUAAAUUUAACAACAGAUUUAUAUUUCGUCGAUGAACCUGAAAUAUUAUCUCGUUCAAAGGAAUCAGUUGAAUUAAGGAUAUUCCCAAUUAAGAAACAUCUUCGCAAUCAAGUACAAUGUUAUUUUGUAAUCGUUGAAACAGUUAACACUCACCAAUCGAGUGUUAAUCAACUGGAUCAAAAUGAUGGAUCACAAUUAACUGGUCGUAAUUAUAGUUACACUUAUGGACAAUCAGCUGACCAGCAAUUACCAUAUUAUGCUGCAAUUAAAUUAACACCAGAACAAUUAGCAACCCAACCAAUUGAAUUAAAAGUUGGUUCCAACGAUGGAAAUGUUAACAAUUAUCUUAAUCCUCCAUUGAAACCAAAUCGACAAUAUCGAUUUGGAUUAGCUGCUUUGACCCUCGACAAUCAAUUCUAAUUGUUCAAUCAUCACGUUCGGUUAUACGUAAGUUAUGAUUCCGAUUUAAUUAAAACCCUAAUCGCCCUAUUUGCUGGAUUAAUUGUAAUUCUUUUAAUUAUAAUCGCUGGAUUAAUCUAUUACCUGAGAGAGGCUGAAGUUGAUGUCCGUUGGCAAGAUGUUGUUAUGAUAUGGAGUAAACGCCAUAGAAGUUCAUUGUUUAAGGAUAGAAAUCGUUCCUAUCGACGCUGUGAAGAUCAUCUGAAUCGUUUGACAAUCUCUUGUGGAAAUAAUAACAAAUCAUCUAAUAAGUUUCUCUCUGGUUCAUUGGAUAGACGAUUACAUACAAAUUCAUAUAUUAACAUGGAGGUUGAACAUCAUUUGAUUGAUUUACCAAGUUUGGAUGUUUCUUUAAGAGAUUCAAGUUUCCUGACAAUUUUACAUACAGAAUUUAAUUCAAUUCCUUUCAUGCAAAUGCCUUCAAUUGAUGGAACCAAACCAGAGAAUCGGAAAAAGAAUCGUUAUGUUUACAUUCCUGCCUUUGAUUUUAAUCGGGUUAAGUUAAUUGUCGAUGAAGAUGAAAAGGUUAACAUUGAUUCUACAUCAACAACAACUACUACAAUCACUAAAGAAUCAACUGUUGGUGAUGAGGAAAAUAAAAAUGAUACCGAUGGAUUAACUGUAUCAUCACCAUCAUCAUCAUCCUCUUCAAGUGUAACAAUUAAACCAACUGAUUAUAUUAAUGCAAGUUACAUUGAUGGUUACAAUCAAUUGAAAAGUUACAUAGCAACACAAGGACCAUUAAAUUGGACAUUCAAUGAUUUCUGGAAAAUGAUUUGGCAACAAGAUUCUUGUCAAAUUGUCAUGUUAACUGGUCUUUAUGAGAGUGGAAAAAUUAAAUGUGAUCAAUAUUGGCCUGAUGAUGGGGAAAGUAAUACCUAUGGUAAAAUAGCUGUUAAACAUUCAUCUACCAACACUGAUUCAGUUAAUUAUGUUAUCAGAAAAUUUACUGUGACAAAGGGAGAUGAAAGUAGAGAAGUGAUUCUUUACCAUUACGUUAAUUGGCCUGAUCAUGGUGCUCCUGCUGAUCCUGAACCUCUACUCAAUCUAAUUGAAACAAUUAAAUCAGAUGGUAAACAAUUACCCAGCCAAGGUCCAAUUGUAACCCACUGUUCAGCUGGAGUAGGACGAACUGGAACUUAUAUUAUGAUUGACAUAAUGAUGAAAAUGGGGCAACAGGAAAACGCUAUUGAUGUACUUGGACAAUUGUACCUAUUGAGACGACAGCGAAUCCAUAUGAUUGAAACUGAAGAUCAAUAUAUCUUUGUCCAUAAAGCAAUAAACCGUUAUUUUGCCAAGAAAUCAAACGGAGAUGACCAAGAUAAAGUUAUCAAUGAAACUACGGCAAACAAAAUGGCUGAAGAUAAACAGGCAACAGCCCAACUAAUCAACAUGGACUCCGAUGCGAAAUCAACUGUCGAACCUUAAAUUGGACGUAAAUGUAACCAACAAUCAACUUUGUGUGUGUUUAAUUAAUCAAAGUAAAAUCUCCAACACACAUUACACAAAAAAAGAAGAAAAAAUUAAUCAAGCAAGGAACAAUCAAAGAUUCUCUCUGUGAAAUAAUCAAAUUAAUCAACACAAGAGAUGAAAAUUAAAAAACAAUUAAUGAAAAUGAAAGUUACUUAAUUUGGAAACCAAGAGAUGGCGAAAGAAUCAAUUCUCUAUCAGAAUGCUAGGAAUUAUAAAGAAGGAGAGAGAGAAAACAAAACAUGACUAACAAAGAUGAAGAUGAUUCAUCCUUGCCUUCAUCUCCAUCCUCAUCAUCAUUAUCAUCAUCAUCUCACUGACUCUCUCUUGAGGGCUUAUAUUGAAUCUUGAAUGAAUAUUGAGUCACACAAAUGAUAAUAAUAAUAAGAAAAAAAUAAUAACCCUAGACUAAAAUACCAAAACAUUAUCACGGUGGGAAGAGGUGAGAGUUGGUGGUGGCGGGGUGGUUAAGGUGAUGAGGAUAAAGAUGAUGAAGAUAAGGGGAUAUGUAGAGAUGAGGCCAGAAAAAGUGAUUAUCAUAAGAGGAUAAGUACAAGAGCGUGAAAAAAGUUUCUCUUCAAUGUCGAUAAAGUUAAAAUCGUGAUAACUUUUUUUUUCACUUUUUCCACCAACAAUUGGAUUCAUUUUAUUUUCUUCUAUUACUAAUUUCAAAUGAUCAAUUCUAAUUGUAAAUUUGAUUGUUGCUUAAUUGUUACGAUUCUCUUCUUGUAAACAUCAACACAAUUCAAAAUCUCUCUCUCUCGUAUUAAUUGAGAAAAAGUUAAUUGUUGAGGCGAUCAUUUUGAUUCGUAUUCGUUUUCCAUUCUGAUUAUAAUUGUUGUUCAUCUAUCCUGAGGUUCUCAAUUGAUUAUCAUAAUUAAUUGGUUCCCUCUUGAACACAAUCAAUGUUGAUUGUUGUCAUUAUCUCCAAUUGGUGUUAAAUUGUUUCAUUUAAUUUUUUGUUAUCAUAAUCAGAAUUAACAAUUUUCUUAUUAAUAUAUUUUUUUCUUGUUCAUUGCUAAGGGAAAUUAAAAUAACUAUUUUUUA